CGCCGGUGUAUUAUGAGUCAUCGCCUCAGACGUCCUAACGUGUGUUCAUUCGUCUUUUUCCACGCGGGACCUUCUUCUUCUAAUCUAAGCAACGCGUCUUCAAUAACCCGACGGGGAUUGAAAUGUUCCAUUUUAGAAUCGCCACAGCGCUCAAGGAGUUGUUGAAAGCCAACCUCAAGUGUCCAUCGGUCGGGUUGCUCGCCAGCCGCCACCGGUGCUCGGGCGCCGCCUCCUCCACCCGACUCAAGCUCCUCAAUGGCCGCGCGUACCCUGCGGCGUCCGUCCAUCUCCGGUCGUACUGCGCGAAGGCUGGGGGAGAGCUGAAGCUAGACGAACCGAAGAAGAAGGACGACGACAUUGAUGCGGCCGCAGAGAAGAGAAGAAAUGCCGGCAUCCUGCCCAGUCUGGAGGAUUUGCUUUUCUACACAGUCGCCGAAGGUCAAGAAACUAUUCCGGCGCAUAAAUUCCUUACAGCUCUUAAAAGCACAGGACUUCGCAGCGGAGAUCCCCGACUGAAAGAAUGUAUGGAAACACUGAAAGAGACCUUAAAGAGCUCUCCGGACGGCGUCACCUUGGACAGGCAGCAGUUCAAGAAGUGUGUCCAGAGCAACAUUAUCCUGCUCACGCAGGCCUUCCGCAAGAAGUUCGUCAUCCCCGACUUCCAGUCCUUCACUUCCCACAUUGACGAGCUCUACGAGAAGGCCAAAUCGCUCUCUGAAGGGCAGGUGGCUGACUACAUUCCUCAACUUGCCAAAUUCAGCCCAGACAUGUGGGCUGUCUCUCUGUGCACGGUGGAUGGUCAGAGACACACCGUGGGCGACACCAAGGUCCCCUUCUGUCUGCAGUCGUGCGUCAAGCCUCUCAAGUACGCCGUGGCCGUCAACGACUACGGCACCGAGUACGUGCACAGUUUCCUUGGCAAGGAGCCCAGCGGCCUGCGUUUCAACAAGCUCUUUCUGGAUGAAGACGAUAAGCCCCACAACCCCAUGGUGAACGCCGGCGCCAUUGUUUGUACUUCUCUGAUCAAGCAAGGUGAAGGAAACGCAGAAAAAUUUGACUAUAUCAUGAACUUCUUGAAGGACAUGGCAGGAAACGAGUACGUCGGUUUCAGCAACGCCACAUUCCAGUCGGAGCGCGAGUCGGGAGACAGGAACUUCGCCAUCGGCUACUACUUGAAAGAAAAAAAGUGCUUCCCCGAGGGGACCGACAUGACGUCUGUGCUGGACCUCUACUUUCAGCUGUGCUCCAUCGAGGUGAACUGCGAGAGCGCCAGCGUGAUGGCAGCCACGUUGGCCAACGGCGGCAUCUGUCCCAUCUCGGGCGAGCGCGUUCUCAGCCCCGAGGCGGUGAGGAACACCCUCAGCCUCAUGCACUCCUGCGGCAUGUACGACUUCUCCGGACAGUUUGCCUUCCACGUGGGUCUGCCGGCCAAGUCGGGCGUGGCGGGCGGGAUCCUGCUGGUGGUGCCCAACGUGAUGGGCAUCAUGUGCUGGUCGCCGCCCUUGGACAAAAUGGGCAACUCGGUCAGAGGGAUCCACUUCUGCACGGAACUGGUGGAACUCUUUAAUUUCCACAACUACGACAACUUGAGGCACUUUGCAAAGAAGCACGAUCCUCGCCGGGAGGGAGGAGAACAGCGGCCAUUGCGCGGAGCCUUGGACUAUGAGAGCCUCCAACAGGAGCUCGCUCUGAAAGCCCCCCUUUGGAAAAAAGUCUCGGCCACCGAGUCGCACCAGGAUACCUCCACCACCGUAGUCUAUAGGAUGGACAACGUCAGCGAGUAGAUCUGCUCAUUGGCGUAAAGGAACAUUAGCGCAACCGCGUCACCCUUAAAUAUUGCACCACUAUUUAUUGCUUGUGAAGCUGUUACUAUUGGGCUUUUUUGGGGGGUUUCUUAAAACUGUGACUGAUGGAAGGGAUUCAUUACUGGCCGUUUAUUUUUCCACCCGACCCGCUAGCUGCCUUAGUGUGUGCACGACCUUGUGACUUAGUCGCACGCAAUACAAGCUCACCUUUGUUCAGCACUUAACAUUUGAAACCAAAAGGUGUGAGUCCGUGUGUGUGUGUUUUUUUUUCUUUUUUCUAAAAUGAGUCAAAAGAAAUAUUGACCUCAUUCAACGGUUGAUUGAUUUAUUGGAGCUAAAAGUAAACUUCCACACGUGUUAAACAUACACACAAAUGUGUAUGUCUUGUAUUAAUAAUAAUCUAGCCAUUUUUUGCCCUCAAAUGUAUUCAUAUUUAAUAUCUAUAUUGUAUUAAACAAUCGGUUAAUCGAUUUACUGUAAAUAACAAAACUGGUUUAGUAGAAUUUGACAUAUUUACCGUUAUUUAGGAAAACAAUUUCAAAAAGCUUAUCAGCCUCAAAUAUAUCCCUGAUUAUUCACAAAUUUGAUUUAUUUGAAUUUAAAUACAACUUUUAUUUAUUUGUAUUUUUUUUGUUUUUCUACAUAUUGUUUUGCGCUGGCUGGCGCAAAUCAGACAAAUUGGCUGUCCGGGUCAAGAGAUGCGAAGCAUCUGUGCAGUACCGCUUCUCAGUUUCGGGAUUGACUCAUUCCGCUCGUAAUGGGGUGCUGCAAACCGCCGCUACCUACUCGCUUCGCCGGUUACAAACUGUGCCGACGGGCGAUCCUAAGAUCUAAAAAGCGGGUGUCUUUCAACCCUCCUGUUACCUUGCUAGCGCAUCAAGAAAUAGUUGCUGGCCUUGAUUUUAAGCUACGUUUGUAUGUUUCAAGUCUGUAUUCAUAUGAACCCAUCCAGACCUAAUAAGAAGAACACCUGUGCGUGUUCAACGGCGCAAUCCAAAGAGCCAGCCAUUGACAGUUAAAUGGGAAGAAAGUAUUCUCAAAUAAGUGACCUUAACAUGAAUUACUGCUCCACUUGUCCUGGCCAGCCAAGUGCAGGAAAAGUUUUGCAAAAGCCAACACAUAUUAUGGAAACGGCACCUUUUGUAGCAUCUCGGUGGCCUGCCUCCCUGUCGAGUGUGACGACCUUUACGCCUGAGGAGGGGGAAAAAAAAAAAUCAUAGGCACAUGUCUCCUUUAAAAAGUUUUGCAGUCUUGCCUCAAUUUAGCGUUACGCCUCAGAUGGUCACGACGGGUCCUCCUCAAUCUCUGGUUACUCAGACUAGCAAUACUUUUGACUUGACUUCAGUUCAACGCUGCUACUGAAAUUGCGUCGUCGUGACGAUCAGGUCGCGGGCGUUGUUUGACUGCUUAGUGACGGUUUUGUUUUUUUGCAAAGGACAAAUGAUUCCGCUCAGAAGGGACCUGGCAAGGAUGAUGAAUUUUUCAAUCACUUGUAUUUACGAGCCGCCCGUUUCUUAAGAAACGUGUCUGAGAUUGCGACGUGCAUGAAAAAGGAGCGCCGCCUGCUUGCCUGCCUGCCUUCAAAUGGAUGCAUGCGGGUGUUUGUUAAAUCAGAGCUCUUCAAACGUUUGAAAUCACUUGCGCAACAAAUCUGCUGUUCGCUUCUGAACAUUCUCCAACAAGCGCAAAAUCAAAGUCAGCGGCAUCUGAAUUUUGGUUUGGCUUCUUGACUUGUCAUCCUCACUGUUUGCAUGCACACAUUUUUUUUGCUGUAUCAUUUGUAUGAUCAUCAUGUCAAAUUACAAAAUUGUAAUGUUAUCAUGCUUGAUUUGUGUCUUGGGACAUCAUUAAUUCUAUGUACAUUAAGCUUGACAUUGGAAAUGCAAGGUUUUGCAAGGUUGGCAAAAUGACGUGAUUUUUUAAAAAAAGAAAAGAAAAAAAAUAUGAAGAAAUUGUUGUCUGAAUGAACCCUGCAUUUCCAAGUUCAUUUUUUCUGUCUUUGGAUUUAUUUUUUUCUGUCCUUGAGUGUGUCAAAGCGUCUCCAUAAAAUCCACACUUGUAACUCGUUUCAUUACCUCAUGCUUUUUUUGUUUUGUUUGACUGUUACAGUAUAUAUUUUGAUAUAUGGUAUUGUAAAAAAAAAAACAAAUAAAGCACUUUUAGCGCCUCA